AUGUCUUUCUUCAAGAAGCUCGUACGUCUAACGGCGCCUGAUACCAAAGCCGGUACCGGGCUGCUAAAGGGCAAUGAAGAUGUCCAGAAUGCCCAUCCCGACCCACCAACGGAUGAAUUGUUCUCCACGGUUGGAGAUUAUGGCCUUCAAACAUUAUCCGACAACGUUGAUGACACUCUCGACAUCGUUUUCGUCCACGGUCUAACCGGCAAUCGCGAAUCCACUUGGACCCACAAGGCCGCCAAGGUAUUCUGGCCAAAGGACCUACUCGCAAAAGAUCUCCCAAAGGCGCGAAUCAUGACGUUUGGCUACGAUGCCGACAUUAUUCGAGGAUUGAGCAUGGCCGGAAAUGGUACACUGAGAGACCAUGGGAAAGCUUUGGCUGAGGAUCUGGCUAUGCGGAGGAAGAAGACAGACUCUUCUAUUAAUACACCAAGGCAGGCACUUCUUGUCUCUCGCGGAUCGGCUCAGCAGCAUGCUAAGGACUUGCUUGAAAGCACCGUGGCGAUUGCGUUCAUGGGCACUCCACACCUCGGGUCGAGUCUUGCAAACUGGGGACACCCAAUCUCGCAACUCUCAAAUCUGCUGCGCAAAGCCAACUCUGAGAUUUUAGGAGUCUUACAGCCAGGCUCUGAGAUGCUCGCCGCGGUUCAACAAGAAUUUCAUACCAUGCUUGACGACCGAAGUAGAAAUGACAACAAAUAUAUCAACAUCUUUUGCUUUUAUGAGGAAGUUGGAUACACUGGGCUUGGCGAGAUAGUACCGAAGCAAUCGGCGAUUCUCAUGGCAUAUCCGAACAAUGGCAUUCAUGCAACGCACACAGGGAUGACAAAGUUCAAGACUGCAAAGGACGCUGGCUAUGUUCGAGUACAUGAUCAGCUUUGGCUCUGGUAUAAUAUGAUUGAAGAGAGUCAAGAUGCAUGGAAGGAAAAAAAGGAUGCUACGAAAAGGCAACAACAGCACCUUCUUCGGCCUGCUAUCGUCACCGAGAGCGAUCGGGGAGGAACUUCGUACAGCGGCCCUGUAUUCAACGGCCCCAUCUCUGGUCGCAAUGUGCUACCUGGAACGCAAGUCACUGGCGGUACGGCCAACUUCAAUUUCUCCUAA